AUGUCCAGCCAUCCAGAUUUCCUCUUUGGAUUUGGAUUGGGUUUACUCGAUGAUGCCAUGGCGGUCUUUGGAUGGGCCAAAUGGUCAGCUCCAACUUGCAACGGCACCCUGCACCCGACCUCGAUUGCCCUGUGCGAUCAAAGUAUGACAAGCCGUACCACCAAGGAAAUCGUUUCGCUCAAACAUACGAUGCCCGAAGAGGCCGGUAUAUCUUCUCAACCGAGCUCUGGCAGUAUGGAAGAAACACUGGAUCUCAAGAUUGUCACACAACUGAAGGCCAACCGUGCAAAACGAGAGAAAAAGGCUCAUGCAGAACUCAAGAAGGACGUCAUAUCUGGACUCGAGCAAUUUCGCGCCAAUGCCACUACGCGAUUCAAAAGGCGACUUGAAGAGAUGACUCAAAUGCAUGUAAUUUACGACCAAGAACGCGUCACCUUGCAGAGAGAGAUCGAAAGCUAUUGGAAUCAAAUCUUGUCCGUCCACUCAGAGUUCACGACAUUCACUCAAGAAUAUGUCGAAGCCACAGCCAAAGCAGAAGAUCAGAGAUCUGCAAAUCACCUCGAAGCUCUCUCGUUGAUUGAAAGGGCCCUUACUGACGAGGUGAAACUCGGAGACCUUCAGUAG